CGCGACACGACAACUCACAACGACCACGACAAGACGGUUUCGGUCAGGUAAGCGCCGACGUUGUUACAAUUUCCAGGCGCCAGCAAGGUUUCCGAUCUCUCAAUUAUUUUUGUUACACACCAUGGGGUCGGGGGACUUGGUUGACUUCGAGAUCAUCGAAAACCAGAAAGAAAACAUACAGGCGCUCCCAAGUGGUCGGUCCGCAAAAGCCCUAGCACAACUGUACACACCACCGCUGUCGUCAGGUGGAGCAAAAGCCUUGUCCCCUCUCCAAGUCCAGGACUCCCACAAUACCGCGCGGCAAGAGUUUGAGAAAGAGCUGCAAACCAUCGACGAGUCGGACGAUCCUCUCGACAUCUACGACCGUUACGUAAAGUGGACACUCGAUACAUAUCCCUCUGCCCAAAACACCCCUCAGUCUCAGCUCUGCCCGCUGCUGGAACGUGCGACCAAGGCUUUCCAAUCCUCAUCGCUCUAUAAGAACGACCCGCGCUAUCUCAAAUUGUGGUUGCACUACAUCCGCUUCUUCUCCGACGCGCCCAAGGAAACCUUUGCCUACCUGGCACGCCACAACAUUGGUGAGGGGUUGGCCCUGUAUUACGAGGAGUUCGCCGCAUGGCUUGAGACGGCCGGAAGGUGGAAACAAGCAGAGGAGAUCUAUGCCUUAGGCAUCGAGCGCGAAGCACGCCCAGUGGAGCGCCUUAUACGGAAAUAUGGGGAAUUUCAACACCGCUACGAAAGUCGUCCGCAUGAUGCGCCCGAACCUAGCAGCCCUGCUCUUCCCACUCUUCGCCCAGCCCUAGCCGCAAAGGUGGAUGCCUUCGGACCCGCACCAGCUGAAACCCAAACUCAAAAUCGUGGAGGACUGGGCACAGCAACAACAAGGUCCGGCAAGCCCAAACUCGCCAUCUUCUCUGAUGCGGAAGAGCCCGCCAAGGCCGCAUCGGCAGGUACUCCGAGGGGCUGGGAUAGCAUUGGCACACUUGCAGACAGGAAGAAGGAGAAUAAGAUGGAGGCACGCCCCUGGGCAGGAGAGACGCUCCAAGUAGGGAAGAAGAAUACAGGUGUCCAGAAGAUGAUGGUUUUUAAGGACGGGACUGAAUCAAAAUGCCAUAACGGAAAUUCAAACUCUCAUCCCAUGCGUGAAUACCAACAAGCAAUCAACCCUAGAACGGGGCGUCUAGAGGUCGUUUUUGCUGAUUUAAGGCUGGUGUACCCUGAUUUUGAGGAUCCUAUGGCAAUGGAGUACUCAUUUGAGGAGCUGCGAGCCAAGCACCGGGGGUGGGCAGACUAUGACUGGGCAAAGACACGAAGGGAGAAGCAACACUUGAAUAAGAAGCUGACCAGAGCCACCGAACUGACAAUCCAAUCCGAAAACAAAGCAGAGCUACUCGUCUCGAAAGAGCGCAUCGAAAGACCGCACAAGCCUCAGACGAUACCACUUAAAGGAAGUGUCGAAGACGACGCAGAGAAUGAUGAAAACACGCCUCCUUCUCAGGCAGAGGUGGAAAAGGCAAGAGUGGCUAAGAAGGCACGGCGCGAGGAGCGGGCGAAUAGGACAAGGAAGAUCAAAGUCAUGGACGUGCGCGAAAUCCAUGCAGAGACUCAAACCAUCCAAGCGAAUCUGGACUCUCCUACCAGCCGCAGGAUCAGGCGGAAGAAGAAUGGGGCGGAGCCAACAAUGACCCUUCACACCAAAGAGGCCAUGGACGAUAUCUAUGAGAUCUUCAAUCAACCUCUGAAGAAGCCUGAAGAAGGCACCGUGGAGUCGGAGAGCGAGGUCAGUAGUGAUGAUGACGACUACACCAGCGCCGGAGAAAGCACAGGAACAGGACGGAUCUCUGGUACCAAUAGCGAGUUUGGCGACGAAACCACAGCUGGUGACUUCACAUUAAGAACCACGAUAGAUGAGGAUGAGGAGGAUGAGACCACCGAUGGAGAUCAGACCGAUGUGAAGAGUGUGUCGGAAUGGUCAGAGUUCACUGAGAGCAAGCAUGUGCCGAAAGAACACCGCAUUGUUAACGAAGGCGAUGACACAGCGCACUCGGAUGAAAACUUUUCCGAACAUGUAUCCGACUCCGAGCCGCAAGGCAGGGAGAACGAUCAAGAAGACGACCUUGUGACUCCCACCUCUCCAGCGCCAAGGCAGGGGCCACUUCCCUCCAAGUUUGUCCCGCUCCCACCGGAGGACUGCAACAUCCCUACCCAGCCAUAUCGCGAUGCGGUACAGGCCGCAAACAAUCGGCUUCCCUUCAUGACCCCUAUCGUGGAGAAAACAGAGUCCUCACUUGGAAUCGCAACGAUUGCAUCCCAAAAGGAGUUUAUCUCCGCAAAGACUCCCUCGAGGUCGAAGGGGGCGCCUGUUAUCCUGGAGGAUGAUGCCGAGCUCUGGAGCAGUCCAUUUCAGGGUAUCCUUGAGCAGGGAGUUGGGGCGCCUGGGAAGGUGACCCAGCUUGUGUUGAGAGAGGCUGCAAAGAAGCAAGAACCGGCAUCUGUUCCUAAACCCUCUGCGGUACUGAACAAAGAGCCCGAACCCACAGCUACGAAGUCGAAAGGACCUAUCAUUAAAGAUGCGCAAUGCAACCCGGUUGACGAAUCAAUUAGGGAGCUCAUCCUGUCGCAGAUCCAGCCUCCUUUGCAGACUUAUGACGGGUACUUCGACAACACGACCGUGACGCACGGGAAAGCCGCAGAAAUCCGCAGAUUCACAAAAGCGCUCAAAGCGGGCAAGAACGCCCAUGAUAAGACUAUACCUAACCUUCCCGCACCGCCGCUCAUCAAGUUCGAAGGAUGUGAGAGAUCAUACACUGUGAAACGGGAGCUUGGUAAAGGAGCCUUUGCCCCAGUGUAUCUGGUCGAAAGCCACUCGGCAAAGGAAGAAGCCGAGGAUACAGAAAGACCUCCUCGAAUGGGCAAAGGGGAGUUUGGAAUCAAGAGGCGUCCGCUUGAGGCCAUUAAAAUGGAAGAUCCACCGUCACCCUGGGAAUUCUACAUUAUGCGGCAAGCGAGGAGGCGUUUGGGUGUCUCCCGUGCAGGCGAUUCCAUCAUCGACGCGUAUGAGAUGCACAUGUUCAAGGACGAGUGCUAUCUUGUUGAAGAAUACCGCGAGCAAGGAACGCUGUUGGACCUUGUAAACAUCGCACGAGCGGAGAACGGGGUCAUGGACGAGCAGUUGGCUAUGUUCUUCACAAUAGAACUGUUCCGAACGGUCGAGGCACUUCACACGAAGGGCCUGAUCCACGGUGAUUUGAAGUCGGACAACGUGCUGGUCCGGUUCGACACACUGAAGCCCGAUCAGCAUUGGGACUCCAAGUACCGCCGUGACGGACGGAAUGGCUGGGCCGCGAAGGGCAUAGUACUGAUCGACUUCGGUCGUGGCAUCGACAUGAAGGUCUUUAAACCUGACGUCCAGUUUAUCGCCGACUGGAAGACGAGUGAGCAGGACUGCGCCGAAAUGCGGGAGCUGCGUCCUUGGACUUACCAGGUGGAUUACCACGGCCUGGCAGGCAUCGUCCACAACCUUCUGUUUGGCAAGUAUAUCUCAACAAUGGUCGAGCGGGGCGGUACGCUUGGGGCAGGCGCAACGAAAACCUACAAGAUCCGUGAGAGUCUUAAAAGAUACUGGCAAACCGAUAUCUGGGGCGAGGUCUUCGACCUGCUGCUCAACCCAUUGAUGCACCUUGAGGGUGAAGAAGGGAGAAAGUUGCCCAUUUUGAAAGGCAUGAAGGGUGUAAGGGAGAAGAUGGAGACCUAUCUGGAGGAGAAUUGUGAGCAGAAGGUCGGAUUGAAAGGGUUAAUACGUCGCAUGGAGGAUGCCGUGAAUACGAAGCGGAGAUGAUUGCGGGAUUUGGGGAUAGUCAUUGGAGUUGGAGGCGUUUGGGAAUAUCCGAUCGCGUUUCGAGCGUCUCAUAGUCCAUGACU